CGGAGCGAGCGGACGUUUUAGCGCGAGAAUCGAGAUUCGAGAAGAAAUAGACCGCAGAAUUGUUGAUCGAGGGCCAGCGAAGACUGAAGAAGCGAAGAAUCUACGAAGCAAUCGAUCGCGAUCGCGUGUGAGGGUUUUGUGCGCGAGUUCGCGAGAGAUGUGCCGCAUUUGAUCGGCGAAAGGUUUAGGGUUUAGGCACCACGAAGGGUCAGGUCACCGCAUCCAAUGGCCGGCAGACGCCACCUGCUGCUGAUCCUGCUGCUGGUCCUGCAGCUGAUCGCCACCACGCCGGCGUCGCGCAGCCUCAGCGUGAAUGGCAACAACAUUUGGCGGCGGGUGCGACUGGUGACCAGCCAGGAGACCGAUCGCAAUGCCUACCAGGUGCUCAAGCCGAGCAGCCGGAAUGCCACCAGUACCACUACCAGUACAAGCACCACCACCUCCACCACCACAACCACCACUCCGGCAGCUCCUCAGUCCCAGCGGUCUGCCAAGCAAUUGGAUCUCAACUUUCCGGGCGGAAAUGUCUCGAGUGCCGCCCGCCUGGAAAUGUCCACGGAAUUCUUUGUGGUGCCCACGCUAUCAGCCAGUAGUUCCAGCAGCACCACGUCCACCACCACAACAGCCACGCCGCGGCGGAGUUUGGGGGCCAAGGCGCGAGCAGCGGGCACCACCACCACCGGCCGGGUGGCUCCGGGGGGAGGCUCCAACAGCACCCCGCCCAGCAUAGUGUCCACCCACCUGCCCUUCGCGGGACUGCGCAAGGAGCCGUGGGUGGUGCCGGUGCUGGUCCUGGCCACCCUCACCAUGCUCAUGAUGGCCGCCUUCGAGAUCUUCGUGCUCUUCAAAGCCUGGCGCACGUCGCCCUCGCGCAGGCACCUCUUCCUGGGCCAGAUGCUGCUCCUGGGCCUGUUCGCCUGCGCCAGCUUGGGGGCCAUCAUCACGGCCCAGCCCACGCUGCUCAGCUGUGGGGCAAUCCGCUUCGGGGUGGGCGUGUCCUACGCCCUCGUCUUCGCCGCCCUGCUGGUCAAGUGCGUCUUCCUGAUCAGCCUGAACGGAGGCGUCUACCUGCCGGCCCCCUACCAGGGACUGCUGCUCCUCUUCGCGCUGCUCAUCCAGGUGGCCAUCGGGGGCCAGUGGCUGCUCACCCAGCCGCCGGAGGUCUACACCACCAGUGUGCCCGUGAUGGGCAGCGGCUUCCUCAGCACCACCGUGGCCUCGCAGACCAACUACUCGGCGCUCUUCUACCCCACGUCCUACACCACGCUGGACGGGACUCCGGAGAUCUACACCCGGAUAGCGGCGGUCAGCACCGUGCUGAUCCCGCUCUGCAAGACGCAGUUCUCGGAGCUGCUCUUCUCGCUGAUCUACAUCGUCUUCCUGAUCGUCUUCAUCGCCGUGCUGGCCAUCAAGUCGCGCGGCAUCCGGGACAACUACAGGGAGGCCACCUACAUCGGCCUGGCCAUCGGAGGAGCCAUCCCCAUCUGGCUGGGCUGGAUGCUGUGCGGACUGGCCGUGGCCGAGAGGCACAAGGAUGCCUGCGUGGCCUUCGGCCUGGUGGCCACCUCCGCCACCGUCUUCCUGGUGAUGUUCAUGCCCAAGGGCAGGCAGCUGGCGGCCAUGGGCAAGGAGGGGCUCUACGUGGAGGACCGCGAGGAGCAGUUCAGCUCCCUGAGCCGCGCCGGAUCCGGCUACUCGCCCUCGUUCUUCCACUUCAAGCCCAUCAAGUACGGCGUGAUGAGUGGCUGCGGCCUGCCCAACUCGGCCUCCAAUACGGGCCAGGGACUCAGCUCCAAGCACUGCUCCAGUGCCAACAACGGAGGUGAUCGGGUUGCUUUGGUCACCGCCGCACCGCCGAGCUAUACGCGUAUGUAUCACUAUUUUCCAGCACACCUGAGUCCGCACCCGUUCUGCUAUUAUCCUCCCGCACCACCUCCACCACUGCCACCGCAACCACCGCCACCACAGCAAGCCGCACCGCCCACGCUCACGCCGUUGACCCUCAAACAGUUGGGCAACUCGCUAACCUCCAUGACACAAGCGGCGCAAUUGGCCAAAACGUUGCGCUAUGCGCCAGGCAUGUUUAUACGACCCGACGAAACGAAUCUCUACACGACGCUGGAGCCCACGUUGAGCAGCAAUCCGAAUGUGUACUUCCAGCGCAGCGGGGCCGUUCAUCCCGGCAUCCUGUACUGAGUAUCCGACAGAGUGAGGAGUAUCGAGCAUCGAGAACACUGGAACUGAGUAUUUUUUCUUAGCAUUAAGCUACGGCUCCCAAGGAGCAGCAAUAAGCGAAUUGAUAUUCUCCGAUCAUUUCAAAUAGUGUAAUAUUUUUGUCAUAACUGCUAAGCUCUUUGCAUCUAAGUUUUGCGAUACGAAGAAUACACAUAACGACCUAGUAAAUUAAGGAUCAGACCCGGCCUGAACGCAGGAAUUUUGAUAUAUUCCUUUGGGUCAGUGGAGGAGGGAUUCCCAUGACGAUGCAUUGGAUCUGCAGUGGGAAGUCCUAGUCUAGCGAUAU